CAUUUGCGGGUUGUUCAGGCCUAGUUGGACUAUUUUACCAUUGAAGAUUCUGAGUAUGACAUUGGCAUAGCUAAGGCUGUAUGUUAGAUGUGAACGCUGUCAUACACACUGGUUUAGAAAUCAUCACUCUGAUUAGUCACAAUGGCAGCGUGGAUGGGUAAUGACAUGAGAGAGGAACUGACGUGUUUUAUUUGUCGUGAUCAGUUACGGUCACCUGUCUUUCUCACUUGUGGGCACACAUUUUGUCUGGGCUGCCUAGACGACUACCAUCUGGACCGUCCGGGUCCCAUAUUGACGUGUCCUUCUUGCCAUGCACACACCAGACUGCCCCCAGAGGGAGUAAAAGGGUUACCUGUGAACCACGCCCACCUGCGGCUGUUGGAAAAGCGGACAGCACUUAGAAGGGUGCCCUGUCUGGUCUGUGAAGCCAUCCCACCACGAGAUGCCGUGAAGAGCUGCUUACAGUGUAAGCUGUCGUACUGUGCACCCUGUUUAGAGCAGCUUCACCCGAAUCGGGGGAACUUAGGGCAGCACGAGCUGACCGAACCACGCCUCUCCCUGGAGGAGAGCCCAGGGGAACUGUGCCCAGCUCACGGGGAGAAGUUGUCCCUGUACUGUCGGGACUGCAACAAGCCAAGCUGUCUGGUGUGUGAGAAGAUCGGAAGACAUCAGCAACACCGCCUUCUCGACCUGGAAACUGCCUACCAACACAUACAGGUGGAAAUACGAGGAAAAUACAAUUAUCUAUAUUCAAGAUUGGCAAAAUCCAAAGGUGAUUUGAGAAGGUUGGAUCAUAUCUUGAAAACACAACAGAGAAUCGUGAACCAAUUUCAACGUCACGUGAACGAGUCACAUGACAAGUUGAUGGACGUCAUCGCUGAGCGGAAAUCCUCCAUACUGAACAAAACCGGUCAAAAAAUGGAGGACUUUGCUAAUCGAGUCAUCAGCAAUUCUCUGGCAAUACGGAACAGCGUGGAGGAUAACGAACGCUGCUUCACUUUACUCUCGGAAACGUUGUCUGAGAGUAACCAUCUAAAAUUUCUAGAGACUGCACCGGCAUUGAAAUUGAGACUUGACAUGGCUAUACGACUGUCCCAUCAAACGGAACGGAACACCUCCCACGUCUCUCUGCGGACGGAAGACAUUUGUUCAGACAUAAUACAGCGGGGGUUUUACACGAUCACCAUCUCCGAUAACAUCCGGAAGGACGACCACGUCACAAUCAAGGUCAAGGACGGACAGCUGGCCAACUCCACAUGUACAAUGCAGUGAAUGACCUUCAUGUAGGCUUACAUGAAGGCCGUCGAUGUUGGUGGAUUGAGCAGAUUUACAACAACGUGUCAAAGAUUUAAUCUGAAUUUAAUGGACAGAUAGAAACAAGAUUAUAGGACUUAUCCAGCGGGUUCACUGUGCUAUGCUGUCACCAUGGGACAGACAGUGACUAACGGUUACAGUGAACACGUGAAAUAAAUGGUCAAUCUUACAGCGAUAUACAUGUACCAUCAUGAGUUUCGUCGAGGAAGAAGUUUUUUCAUGUGUUCAGAAGUGGUACAUGCGUAUAGGGAGGUAAUUCGAACACACGGAUUAGUAACCAUCUGCAGUCUGUACCCAGUAUCAUAAUUACUGUUGCAAAAUAAAAAAAUGUUGCAAACUGAGCCUGAAUUUCAGAUAUACACAUUGGUAAACUACUCUUGCAUUAGUAAAAACGGAGAUGUCAAGGCAUCUUCACGUACCGGGUAAAUUUUAGGUGUUACCUGAGCUUUCGGUCUUCAUCCCGUGGUCUUUGUCAAGAUGGUCGAAAGCUCAUGCCACAAUUCGAAUUUCCCGCAUACGUGGAGAUGCCUUGACCUCUUUAAUAUUACCGUUGACCUCACUAC